GUCUGGAUUCACCCCAAAACUGCUCACUGCCUUGUUGACCCCGCUUUUGCCCCAUCAAUUAGCUCAUUCAUCCGACCGCAACGCUUCCCAUUCCAAUGGCAGAUUCUCCCGGUUCCCCCCUCUCCUCCGUUGCCGACGACGAUGUGUCGGAUCGCGAAGACACCAAGCAGGGUGUCUCAACUCCAACAUCCAAUAUGCCUCCCUCGAAGCGUCGCCGCACCGGCAUGGCCUCUUGGGACCGUAACACACCUGUAUCAACAUCAUUCCAGGAUGAGCUGCCUCCGCCUCCAUCGCCGUCGUCUUCAAUAUCGUCCGAUACGUCCGGCGAUAUUCCCAACUCGCCUAGCACGCUGUCUCUCAUAGGGGCAAACCAGGACGAAGACUACAGCGGCCAAUGCAACGACCAGGUCACUGUGUGUCGAUGGGAGGGAUGCGAUUUUAAAGAUCUCGGAAAUAUGGACGACUUGGUCCAACACAUUCACAACGAGCAUGUCGGUAGCCGACAGAAGAAAUACUCCUGCGAAUGGUCCGACUGUCCUCGGAAAGGCCAAACGCACGCCAGCGGCUACGCACUCCGGGCGCACAUGAGAAGCCAUACAAGGGAAAAGCCCUUUUACUGCGCGCUCCCUGAAUGUGAUCGCAGUUUCACCCGCUCCGAUGCCCUUGCAAAGCACAUGAGAACAGUACACGAAACAGAAGCCCUGCGCCCGUCUGACCCCGUCCCGAAACGUCAUGAUCUCCUCUCCGCCGCAGGAACGCCGGUCGGCACUCCAGCUAGCAAGCUCCAACGCAUCAAGUUGAAGCUGUCGCACCCACCCAGAGAUGACUCGGAGCAAUACAGCGAAAGCGUCAACGACGACACCGCCGGGACGGAAGACCUCGACGAGUUCGAAGUUCCCGAGUUCAGCUCCGACACCGGUUUCGACGAUCACGAGCUUGAAAUGAACCCACACCAGUUGUACAGGCUUCUCCGCCGUCAAAUCCACUGGGCCGAAAAGGAAGGGGUAGAUCUACGAGGCGACUGGGAUAAAAUCAGGCCAAAGAGGAAACAGGCGUGGUCAGAAAAGGAGGCUAUAUUCGAUGACUUGAUGGAUGCCGAAGUCAGGCUCUUCAGCUCGCUCGUUGGCAAUGAGGGAGCCACGGCCCCAGCUGCUUCAGCGAACGGGGUGGCUGAGAAAGAACCAUCACAUCCGAUAGAAACCUCAGGCAAUGGAGAGCACAAUGGGGACUCUAUCGCGACGUGAACGUUCAAGGGAAUGCCCUGUUUCAUCUACUUUCUACUUCUCCCUAAUCAGAGACCGUAUCAAGCGGUUUCCUUACACGGGUUCUAUUUGUUAUUAUUUCUCUACUAUGUAUUAAGAUGGCGGGUUCAAUGACGGUUCAAGUCUACGCUUUUAUUAUUUUGAUCCUUACACUAUUCUGGCGCUAGUUCCAUUUACUGCUUUUCCACUUGCAAGACCUCAGCCAGAGCAAAGCAUGCACGCUUUAAUUCACUGCAGAAUACAGUACAACUUCGGAUAAAAUUUCGAAUUCAUGAAUGUAUUCUCAACACUUUUCAUCAAUUAUAUAAAAUCAGAAGAAAAGAGCAAUCUGGUAGCCAGCCACCCAUUCACUCGACUUCAAUCAUCCAUGGUAUAAUAUCAUAGAAAGCGGGAUGUUGGUAGAAAAUAGAAACGAAGUCUAACGACAUUUCAACAUAUCAUCCCAUAAUAGGCAAAUG